CACUUUUAUAACAAACCAUCAACUUCACGCAUCUCCUCAGCUUCUUUGUAUUGGUUUCCCGUGUUGUAUUAUGAUUACUUUAACUGUACUUUGAAGUAUAUUAUUGGUUAAGGUAUCUGAGUGUUUCUAGUGCGAGACGGGGUACAGGUCAGCAAAUUCAGUUGCCAAGGAUCACGCUAAAGUGUUGCUAUUUGAUGGGAUUGAGUUGUUAUCAGCUUGUUAUAACAGUGUAAUAAGUGAUUUACAAAAUUAUAGCACUAUUCACUAUUAGUAUGGCUGUCAUAGUUGUAUCCCAUUGUCUAUUAUCACUGUAUGUAUGGGUUCUGUUCCUAUAUUUAUAUCAAACAGAUCCCUAAUAUAUAGACUUACACUAAAAUGUGUUAUACUCACGUAUAAACCUCUUAUCUUAAAGUGUAAUAUACAUUUUUAUAAACAUACCUAUCCUAUUCACUAUGACUGCUUGAUGCUAAUAGGUUCACUUUAGUUUACCUUAACUGACAGCAAGCAAUCUCUCAUAAUCAGCCCAAGACAUUCCCCACUAUCCGUUACCUAAAGUUUUUAUGCAUAGACAAGUAUGUCUUCGCAAAAUGCCAUUGUAGGCAAGAUAUCUUCAGACAUAUGCCAAUGGCCUAAUGCUGGAAUACUCAUAUGGGAGCUGACAAAACAUGCCCAUCACAACACAACAGGCCUUGGGGAUUUCGGGCUGUUUUCAAUGUUCAACUCAUAUGGCAUAAGGUGAAGGAUUGGGUAUUGGAGGAAGAGCUGAUCUUUGAUCUGGUAUAUGGGGAGUCUUGAUCCUGCUGUUCUUGUCUCCUCCAGAAGAUAUGGCUUCGUCAAUCAGACAUGAUAACUCAGAGCAUAGGUCACUUUCCAGUUUGAUUGGAAUAUCCACAACUCUGCUGCCACAGAUUGGCUGGGCUGUAAAUAUGUCAUCACUGUCAUGGUGGCAGAGAUAGAUGGCCACCUGUCACUGUGUUGGAACAGGAAGCAGUGAAUUAUGAGGGACAAAGGAAGGGGUCAAAUCAAACUCCUGGUUUCAAUUAAGCAUAGUGGUUAUCAAACACAUAGGCAGCAAGCCCAAUAUUCAUAAGCCUACCAAAUCUGCUUAUUAUUUUACCCAAGAUUCAACUCUACAUAAUUUAGCAUUGUAGAAACACAAGAGAACUUUUGCACUUGGAGUCAGUCUGAUAAAAUGUGUCAGUUAAAUUGUUUGGCUGCCGAAGGGAUGAAACACAGACUCUGGAUUUUGGCUUUUAAUAAAAAAUGAAAUGAUAACCGAUCAUGCAGUCAUAGAAUAGGCCUAGUUACAUAAAGCUCACCCUUACAGAAAAUCACAUGAUUUCAAGCGAAAUUCCUCAUGUGAAAAUGUAUUUUUGGAUUACAACAUGUGAUGACGUUUUCACAUGUGUAGUUUAAUGUUACCACAUUAACUUUACAUUAAGUACCAAAGGCUAUAUUAUUCAUAAAUGACUUAGAUGAUUGUAAAUGUGAAUGACAAAAAAAUAAACAUUAAAACAUUCAUCAGAGUAAUUUAGGCUACAGACAUCACUCAGCUAUUAUAGCUAGGGAACCGAAUCUGCUCCUCAAUCGCAGACUGAAGUAGCCUAUUCUGCAGUGGCUUUCACUCUGUGCAUAUGUAUAAUUUGUAUUCAAAUGGGCACAUUUUUGGUUAAAAGUUACCCUUUUUUUUUAAGUCAGUUUUGUUUUGUGAGGAAACCUAAAUUCAUGACAACUGCAUUGAAUGAUAAACUGCAUUGAGACUUUCCAAUAAGGUUAUUUAAGUAAGCAUGAUAUUUUUAUAAUCAAUGCAUGAAAUUAAAAUGUUUGACUGUCUGACAAACUAUGCAAACGACGUAUCCCAUGACCAUCCUAUCAUGCCUGGGACAGCAUUUGUCAACAUACAAGUCAGAGCACUCCAAAAUGGCGGAUCGUGAAGAGGACCCAGAGAAUGAAGACGACACAUGCGAUGUGAUCUACCUGACAGAAUAUGCCAGACGUCAACAAUGGUGUGCAGGAUAUCUUUUCCAGAAGGUGGGGAAGAUUGCAGCCACCGCUGUAGGAGGAGGAUUCCUGUUAUUACAGAUAGCCAACCACAGUGGCUAUGUGCAGGUGGACUGGAAGAGAGUGGAAAAGGAUGUCAACAAAGCCAAGAGACACCUGAAGAAGAAUGCUGACAGGGCUGUACCAGAGUUUAACUCACUUAUUGACCAGUCCACAGAGUUCGUGAAGACAAACGUAAUCAUCACCAGUGGAUUCUUUGGAGGCUUUUUGCUUGGUCUGGCAUCCUAAGAUAUAAAAAUAGAGACCUGCAGUUUAUUAAGGCUUUUUUUUUGAGAGGUCUUGUCUGUCGUGCCCUUCUUAAAUGGUGGUGGGAAAAACAAGAACAGAUGCACAAUAUAUCAAAAUGAGCCAAAGUGUAAUUACACAAACCACAAAAGGGUAGUGCACUUGUAAAUACUCUGUCAUGUGUACCUACAGUUACACAAUACCUACCCAUGUAUCUACCAUGUAAAUGCUAAAUGCUUGGUUUUAGUGCCACUUGAAACUGUAACCAAGAUUUUUCUGCUUCUCUACCGAAUAAACAAAACCAUGUUUCUAGUCAGGCUUCAGCUCUGAUUCAAGAAAAUCGGGCAUGACCUAAAAGGAGUCAGUGGGUCUUGUGGGAAAUACUGGUCUACAAAACAGUUCAUCAACACUCUGUAAGAGCACACAGGUGUUGUGAUCCUGUACAUGGGAUCUAGUGGUCCUGCCCCACUCAGACUCAUGUAUUCAUCAUAUGAAAAGAUAGAAAUAUACACUCAUUCAAUUGCUUUGAGCGGGUGCUGGAGAUCAAAGUGUGUACGUACAUGUAUGUAAAACGGAUAGGAAGACGCCACACAUUGCAAUCUAAGCUGUAUUUAUUGAGAUCGACCUUGUGGUCCAUCAGACUCCCAUGCAUCCCGUAGAAGUAUACGUACAGUGUACUGUUGCAUUGGUUACAGGUACACACCUUAUUGGGCUGUAAUUCUGGACCUUAUUGAUUACAUUUGGGUCCAGUUCUUUUCCAGUUCAUUUGUUUAUAUUGUUAUUUUUGUCAAUAGUCCUACACCGCUAGUAUACUCAAGUCAUGCAGUGCAUUAUGUUGCUCAGGAAACUAUGCAUGACAUGUCAUUUUCAUUGUAUGCAUUAAUUCUUCAGUCACGUUAUAUUGAGUGAUUUAGGAUUACUAUGACAAUAUAUUAUUUUGUCUUUACAAGCAGUGCAAUAUUUGCUUAGAGGUAGUGUAGCCUCUUCUCUUUCACAGAAAAGCUAUUUACCUUUGUUAUUGAAUGACAGUGUUGUUGUACUUUGUGUAUAUAUCCUUAAUAAAAGACAAUGCAGCAAU